UCCAUUUUGUUGCAAUUCAGACGGAGUCGGGAGAGAGAGAAAGAAGAAGAAGUGGCCCCCCUGCGGCUACCUUUUACACCACAUUAACUCAGAAGGCGACGGAUUAUCAGGAAAUAUAGCUUUUUGCUGUAAUUCUCACAUAGUCUGUCGAAGGAUUUUCUAAAGGCAUAUCUCAUAUUCUAUUCGGAGGAGGGUUUCAUCAACCGAGCCUGAAGAAGUCGGUUCUUCGGCAUCUUGGAGCACCGUGUACCGAGUUGAAUUGAUGUUCAACUCGGCUUCACGAAAAAACAACUCGGCUCAUAGGCACAUGAAAACCUCAGACCUUGCUGGACACCAAAGUGCAGAGAGAAGUAGAUUGAGAACUACUUCAAGGACCUGGGGCCCGAUCGGAGGUGAAAGAUUGAAGAGAGAUCUCUGCGUCGUCAACUUUCUCACAACAAAGAGGUGACACGUAGUGAAGAGGCAAUAUGGGAGGUGGAGAGAGAUACAACAUUCCAGUUUCCCACCCUGAGCGCCCUCUGCCCAAGAAGAACCAUCAACUUGGGCGAGCCAAGCAGAGAAGCCGUGACCAGAACGGAGGAGCAGCAUCUGCAGGAGUAGGGGGCCUGCACCACCAUGGCCACCGCCGGAGCGAGAAAGGCGCAGCCUACCACAGGUCUCCAGAGGCGCGGCAGGCCGUGUCUGCAGAGAAAAGUGCUUCUGUCCGUUUUGCCACCAACUAUGAUCAGAACUGGGAGGGUGCAGUGUCUCACCUUAACACACUCCUGGCCACCCAGGGGAGUCCGAGCUAUGCAGGGCCAAAGUUCAGUGAGCCACCCUCGCCUAGCGUGCUGCCCAAACCCCCUAGCCACUGGGUGUCCUUUCCAAUAGGCUCUUGUGAUAACAGGGAGAUGAUGACUUUCCAGCUCAAAAGUCUCCUCAAGGUGCAAGCCUAAGAGGGAUGCCCGUUACUAUCGUUGAAAAGCCAAUCAAUGAACUGGGACCCUAUUGAGGGCACCCACCUACCAGGAACAUCUCAGUGCUGUAAUAAUUUUAGCUGUUUUUAGGUUUACCUCUUUGAGUGUCUGGAGACAUUUUCAACAUGUUUGCUGAGAAUGUUUAUUGAACACAGAUUUUUUUAAACAAAUGUUUCGAGAUAUUACAGUUCACUGAGCCUUGCUGGUGGGUGUUGCUUUUAGUGGAGUCCGUUUUCUGUGACUAAUGACAAACUGGAUAUCCUUUGUACUCUUAUUUUGUUUUGUUCUUUUUAUGUUGGCUGUAAAGCAGAUUGAGUGUUCUUUUCCUCCCAAACAAGGUUAAUGGUAAUGUUCAGGAUAAUUCCCAACACUUCUACAGUCCAUUUCUGUGGACAGAUAUGCCUUUUCAUUUUUGUGUUAGCUUUUAAUGAUCUUUAGAGUCACCUCUAAAGCUUCAGGUGCUAAAGCAAAUCAUAUUUGUAGCAUUUUUGACUAUAGGGCCCCUUUUUUUCUUACACUUCUCUCCUUGUUUGGGACAAAACAUACACUCAGCUGCAAUUCUGCAGGGAAAAAAAACUAUCUUGCUAGACAUAAUAAGCUGUAGUGAGUAAGUAUAGGUCAAAAGUAUAACCUCAAACUGAAGGGUAAUAAGAGACCACGGCACACUGGCCUUGGACUGUCAACUCCUGUACCUUUUUAUUGCGCUGUGCGCACAUGCACUAUGGGAGUUGUGCUAGUCUGAGGCCCAAACACUCUAUCAUAGCAUUAUUUUGUACAAGUCCUUUUUUGUUGUGAUUGAAAGAUGUGUGAAGAGCUGUGUGUAACCAAAGCAGUUUUUGCUGUAUUUUAUUUCUUAUCUUCUUAUUCUUGGACAUCCUCCAUGUGGCAGGUGUAGUUACCUUCGCCACUUUAACCAUGCCAGCCGUGUGAUGAAUGGGAUCAUGACCCCUGGGUCACUUCUUAUGUUUUUCCAAACAGUGCUGUGUUUAGUCCUCACUCUCUGCCUAUUUAAGACAGUGCUGCAGCUUCAACAUGCGGAAGAGGGCUGAUGCUUAUUUGUGGGACUGUUGAGUUUCACUUAAAGUCACAUGACACGGCCCUGUUGGCUGCACGCACCUGUAAGCAAGCUAAGGCAGAGCUGAGGAGGGUUUUCUGCAAUAAGUGGCCCGGGGGUCUUAACAUCGGGCAGUUUAUGUUUACAGAAUAGGUCUCAGUGGUUGACCACCUGAUUAUUGACAGACCUUCUUUGCCUCUGCCCCUGAUUAACACUUUGCACUGCAAUCAGAAUUGUUUUUGAUGAGUUACAGACCGUGAUGCUAUUGUACUGAUGGAGGCGUGAUCGACUAUCUCCCUAUGGAUUCUCUAUUUUUGUGAUUCAAUCCUACAUUGAGGCUCUUUUUAUUUCCCUUCGCAGAAUUGAAGCUGCUAAUGGCUGACCUAAAGAUAACAAACAGAGUAAGAAAGGUUGUUGGUGUGUUCAAGAGCCAUGUAAAUAAUGAAAUGUAUAAAGUUCUUGUAGCAUAUGUACAUUUACAGGCCGAGUUUGAGGCCUGACUGACAAAAGUAUUUUUAGUAAUAACACUGAAUGUAUAAGACAUGCUAAGGACAUGUCUUGACUUCAAUGUCUUGACUUCAAUACUGAAGAAUAUUUUUGUUAAAAAAAAAGAAAUAAUGCCUAAAGCAUUUGUCAGAACCCCUGCACUGUUAUCUUUUCAGAGAUCUUGCACAUGUUUUUUAUUGUUUUGUAUAACACAGUGUAGGGUGAAAGAUGCUAAAAGCAAAUUAGAAUAUCAAACAAUCUGAAUUGGAUCCCAAAGGAGACUUGCCUAUGUAUGGAUAUGAGUUUGAAUGUGCUUACAGCGAGUAAGCGUGAUGCUCUUAAUCUUGCGUUGACCUGUUGUGCCUAAGUUUCUCCCCCAUGCUGAUACUGACUUCUUUUGUUUGGCAGUCGUGCCACAAGUUUAACCAAAUGUUUUCAUCAGAGCCGCCUUCAGUUCUCUGCUGUUCUUCCGCCAGCUGACAACUGAAUACGGUCCCAUGCUGUAGUACUACGUUCUUCUACUGGUUGUUCAUGUAUCAUUUAUUUUCUCACCCCGAUUGAGUCAUGCAUGGCAGUCUCCUUUAUUCUAAAUUUGAAACAUGUAAUAAAUUGGCUGUUAAUUACGUCCCCCUCGAAAUGUCACUGAAAAUGAAAUGAAAAAUGGCCCCUGUUUAGAAUUGGUAUUAAUUGGUGUUUAAAAAAACAAAUGUGAAAAAACUCACUGUGAAAUGAAUUGAUGACUAAAUUUUUACAAAAAAAGAAAAGAAAUAAAUCCCUUUCCCUUCCCCCCUA